UUACGCAGGAUUCCUUGGACUUCACAGCCACAUCUUCAGCAUUUUUAGCUGGAUUUUAACCUUUCCCAUCUGAAGACAGCCAUGGAAUCGACGGUCGAUGACGAUGCGAUGGAAGCGUGAAUGAGGUUUGGCGUGGCAAUAGCUGAACGAUGCCCAAGGGUGGGGGUUCUAAAACCCCCCAGCUGGAGGACUUCCCAUCCAACACCGACAUGGUGGAAAAACAGGGUGGGAAGAAGGAUAAAGACAAAGGCUCGUCAAACAAGACUCCUAAAUUGGACCACAGCGAUGGUGUCAAAGAGAUGAAAGAGAAAGCUCCUAAGAGGAAGCUGCCCUUCACUGUUGGAGCCAAUGGGGAUCAGAAAGAUUCAGACUCUGAAAAACACGGUCCAGAGCGGAAGCGCAUUAAAAAAGAGCCCACUAACACCAGGAAGUCAGGCCUGCCAUUUGGGAUGGGCAUGCCAGGGAUCCGGGCCGGGUACCCCCUCUCAGAGCGGCAGCAGGUGGCUCUUCUCAUGCAGAUGACGGCGGAGGAGUCCGUAAACAGUCCAGACACAACACCAAAGCAUCAAUCGCAGUCAAGUCUGGGUCAGAAGGGAACACCAAACUCUGCCUCAAAAACCAAAGACAAAGUUAACAAGCGGAAUGAGAGAGGUGAGACGCGGCUGCACCGAGCAGCCAUACGUGGGGAGGCACGCCGGAUAAAGGAGCUCAUCAGCGAGGGAGCUGACGUGAAUGUAAAAGACUUUGCAGGCUGGACUGCACUGCAUGAGGCGUGUAACAGAGGGUAUUACGAUGUGGCCAAGCAGCUGCUGGCAGCCGGGGCUGAGGUUAACACCAAGGGCCUGGAUGACGACACGCCUCUACAUGAUGCGUCUAACAAUGGCCAUCUCAAAGUUGUGAAGCUGCUGUUACGAUAUGGAGGGGAUCCUUGUCAAAGCAACAGAAGAGGAGAGACUCCAUUAAAAGUGGCAAAUUCGCAAACAAUGCUUAAUCUGUUGCUGGGAAAAGGCACUUACACCUCCAGUGAGGAGAGUUCCUCAGCAGAUUCUUCUGAAGAGGAAGAUGCUCCAUCAUUUGCCCCAUCCAGCUCUGUUGAUGGCAAUAAUACAGACUCAGAGUUUGAGAAGGGCUUGAAAUUAAAAGGGAAGGGCAUGGACCCACCCAAAUCCACCACCACUCCUGUCAAGGAUGAGUACGAGUUUGACGAGGAUGAUGAGGAGGAGCGUGUCCCACCUGUGGACGACAAGCAUCUGCUCAAGAAAGAGUUCCGCAAGGAACCCGUCAGCAAGACAAACAACUUUAUCUCCAUACCCAAGAUGGAGGUUAAAACCUAUUCCAAAAGCAACUCGCUAACACCAAAGAAGGCUGUGCGCAGGAUCCUGUCGGACAGCAACAGCUCGGACGAGGAUGACAGGACGUUGUGUUUCACACCCACGACCACGCCAAGGCAAACUACACCUCAGACCAAUGUCAAGAUCCGGGACUCGACGUCACUGAGCUCCAAGCAGCAAAAAGACAAAAGUAAAGUCAAGAAAAAGAGGAAGAAGGAGACAAAAAAUAAUGUUAGUAAGGAGGUGCGCUUUGGUAAAGUGAAUGACAAGUUUUGCACCUCAGAUUCUGAGAUUGGGGACCUGGAGAGUGAGGAUGAUAAAGGAUCCAUGCAGAGUGCAAAUUGUGUUAAGGACUCUUCUACCUUGAGCCUCAAAGAACCCUCAGUUUUUAGUUCUCUGUCUAUUUCGAAUUCAUCCUCCACGCAUGGGAGUCUGGGCUCUCAGAAACACACACAGUCUCUGGCAGAGCAGCACCCAAAGCAGUGGAGGACAGAUGGCUGGAAGACUGUGUCCUCUCCAACGUGGUCUGAUGUCAGUUCCCUCUCGGACUCAGUCAGGACAAGGCUUUCCAGCGAGUCAGACUACUCUUCUGCCGACUCCAGCAUUGAAUCUCUGAAACAGGUGAAAAAGAAAGUGCAAGAUAACAGAAAGAAAAACAACACGCAUGCCAAUGUGGUAGACAAAAAGAACUCUGAGUUUUACAAGAACUCAAACGCAGAUGGGACCAUUUCUAAAACAGACAAAGAUGGAAAAGUGUUAAAGAAACACAAAGUGAAACACAAACACAAAAGUAAGGAAAAAGAUAAGGCUCCAAGUGUCGUGUUAAGUCAAGACAUGAAUGAAAAGUUUGUCAAGAGCUUUUCUUUUGACUUUGACGAUACGCGACUGAAGUCGCUUAUUGUUGAGACAGAGGCACCUUCUGAAAAUAGGGUCAAACUUUCCAAACAUGAGAAAGAUCAUUUUAAGAAGGAGGACAGACUGUCUAAGGGUAAAUCAGAAGACAAGGACUGGCCAGGUAAAGAAACUCAAAGGGUGAUCAAGGAAGAGAGGUCGAAGAAGACAAAGGAGUCCAACAAGGAAAAGGUGAGCAAAGAGGAGAGGGACAAACCUUUGAAGACUGAGAAGGAGAGAAGCAUAAAAGACAAAGACAAGGCAAAAGAGGAGAAGCAGAAACCCCAUAAAGAUGAUAAAAAGAAAAAGUCUAAAGAUAAGUCUCUUAAAAUUGACAAAAAAAAUGAGCAAAAAGAAGACAAACAUUUUAAAUCUGAGAAAAGCAUAAAGGAAGAAAAGGAAAAGUCUAAGAGGGAUAAAAACAUCAAGGAAGAACCUGAUUAUGAAGAUUAUGACUUAAAAAAUCACCUACUAGAGGACACCAAGAUGAGUGCAUCAGAUGACCCCCAUGAUCGGUGGCAGUCAGACAUGUCUUCUGACAGUUCGCUUUAUGGAGAUGAUAGCUGGGACGCUCCUGUAAAAGAAUACAAAGCAAAUAAUGCGGUCAAGUUAAUUGUAGAAACAGUCAAGGAGGAAAGCAGGGACAGAAAAAAGGAAAAUAAGGUCAAAGAUAAAAAGCCAGAUCAUGCGUCAAAGAAGAAAGACAAGGAAUCCUCUGAAAAGAAUGCUGAAAAGAAAAAAGACUGGACAGACAAACAAAAGUUUAAUUCUGGUCAGUCACUGGAAAAGGAGAAGAAACGAAAAGAAUCAGCAGAGGGUGUCAAAGAGAAGAAAGAGAAGGAUUCUGUGGAUGGCAGCAGAGACAGAAAAGACUCCUAUGAGUUUACUAAAGAAAGGAAAGACUCCAAAACGAAACAAGAAUCUUUGAGAGAUGACUAUGGGAGUGAGGCCUUCUUUAAAGACAAACCAGAAAAUGAAAACUUUUGCAAGUCUGACCCCAGGGAGAGGAACCACUCUGGAAAGGAAAGGGAGAAGAAAAUGGAUAGUGUGGAAAAGAAAGAGAAAUCCAAAGGAGAAAAACACAAGGACAAGCCUAAGGACAGAAAUUUGGACCAGGAAAAGGACAAACCUGAGAAAAACUCAAUUGAUAGAUCAAUGAAAGAGAAAGACCCAGAAAGGGCCUCUAAAGACAAGCGAGAUGGGGUUAAAGAAAAGCAUAAAGAUUCUCAUAGCAAAGAAAAAGAAAGGAAGAUGUCGUCUGAACAGAAUAAAGAUAAAAAAGAAAAGACAUCCCAGGACAAACAUGCUGAUAGAGAAAAAGAUUUCUUGGAGUUUAAGAAAGAAGAGAGAAAACCUGAAAAGGUGAGAGAAAAGACAUGGUAUACAAUUGCAGAUAUUUUUACAGAUGAGAGUGAGGAUGAAGAGGACAAUUAUAAUGGGGGUGUUGCAAAAUUUAGUGACUCUCUUGGACUGUCAGAUUCACACAGGAAAGAUUCCACACCUGACAGAGAUGAAAUUGAUAAUUUCCAAACAGACAAACAUAAGAAAUACUCUGAGGGCAAAACACAUUCCACGGAAAAACAAAAAGACAAGGAACAUAAAGAUAAGAAAAAAGAGAAGGCAACAUUUGAUGCUGGAAAAGAGAGAAAAGCCUCCAUGGAAAAACACAAAGAUAAAAAGGACAAAGAUUCAACUGACACAAAACAUAAGGAACGUAAGGACAGAUCAUCUGUGGAUUCAAAUCAAGAGAAGAAAAGCAAGCAGAAACUUCUUGACAAGAGAGACAUCAGUGAAGAAAAGGGCAAAAAUAAAUACAAAGACAAGACGGAGCACUCAAAAGAACGAAAAUUUUCAAAGGGGACUGGUGAAAAUGAGAAAUCCUUGUUGGAGAAACUUGAAGAAGAGGCUAUGAAUGAUUAUAAAGAUGAUUCCAAUGAUAGAAAUAGUGAAAUUUCAUCAGACAGUUUCACAGACAGAGGUCAUGAGCCUGUUUUAAGCAGCUUCUAUGAUUCCUCCAACAUCAGCAUACCUGACAUAUCCGAGGAGAGAAGAGAGUCAGUAUCCAUUUCUAAUCCACAGGACAAGUUCAGAGAGAGAGAGAGGCAUAGACAUUCAUCAUCCUCAUCAUCCAAAAAGAGUCAUGACAAAGACAAGGAGAAAGUCAAGAAAGAAAAGGGGGAGAAAAAAGAUAAGUCGGAGGAGAUCAGAGAAUCCUAUGGUCGCAGAGAAAGCUUGCCCUUUGACAAAGAGCCCAUGCCUUUGGAGGCUGACCCUUACACUUUUCCAUAUGGUUCCAAAGCUGAUGGUGAGGAUGACUUGGAAAAAACUCUGGAAUUUGAGAAGGAGAUGUCCAAAAAGGACAAGACAAAUAGUGUCAUGAACAGUGAGAAAAUAAAAGAUAAAAAGAAGAAAGAGAAACACAAGGAAAAAGUGAAAGAAGAAAAGCAUAAAUAUUCAGAUGGUUUUGGCUCCUUCAGGCACUCAAAAGAGGAACUAAAAUCUGGAUUGAAGGAAAACACUCAAAUCACAAGUCUUAAAGAGAAAUCUAAAGAAGACGGUUCUAAAUUUGAUGGGAAAAAUAAGGAGAGAAAUAAAGAUAUCAUGGAUAAAGAUAGAGCAGAUAUCAAGGCAAAGGUCAGAGAUGAGAAUGACAAAAUCAGCCAGUCAAAAGAGACCGCUCGAAAGGACAACCGCCCUCGCGAAAAGCUUUUGGUUGAUGGAGAUCUUAGACUAACAAGUUUUGGCAAAAUGCUUAGUUUAAAAGAUCAGGAAAUUGAAGAGCGCCAUAAGAAACACAAAGAGAGAAUGAAACAGAUGGAAAAAUUGAGGCAUCGAUCAGGCGACCCUAAAUUCAAAGAUAAAACUAAGUCAAAUGAAGAACUGAAGAAGAACCGCAGUGAACUCUCCAAAAAAUCUGCUUCAGUGGAAAUUACUUUGAAAGAGAAAAAGCUAAAAGAUAUUGGCCUUCCAACCCAAAUGACGUCGCCUGACAGAAAACCACAACCUAUGGACAGUCAGAACUCGAAAGACUGGCUUGCUGGCCACCAAAUGAAGGAAAGUCUUCCUGCAUCUCCACGACCUGACCAGAACAGACCAACAGGUGUCCCCACCCCAACAUCUGUGAUCUCAUGUCCAAGCUAUGAGGAAGUCAUGCAAACUCCACGCACUCCAUCCUGCAGUGCUGAGGACUAUCCUGAUAUCAUGUUUGAGAAUCUUGAGUGUCAGAAUUCCUCGGCCACAAGCAUAAAUGCCUGCUCUCCUUUGUUCUUUGAUAGAUAUUCUAACUCAUCAAGUAAUGUCCAGGAGGAAACAUGCAUAACACCAGCAAAGAACAUGCAGUUACCCCUUGUGAGUCGGUCUGUCACCGCUGAUGUCAGAAGACCACUUGAGAUUGAGUUCAAAGUAGAGGCAGACAAGUUAAGACAGCAACAUACACCAGAUGGCACAACAUUUGAGUCUUCAGCCUCACAUCUUAUUGAGGACAAGAUGGCAGCUGACAGACUUAAUUGCAUUUCCUCUACAUUCUGUUCAUCACCUAUCGACAUGAUGUCUCCCAUGCCUGACCCAUCGCAACAUGAUGGCGUGCAAGAUGAAGCAUCUAUUGUAAAUUGCAUCAACGAUGGGAGUGAACACUCAGGAAGUGUCUUUAACAACUAUCUUAUGAAGCCCUCAACUCCAGUCCAUAAACCCGACCCCCAGGAGCCUUGUCUGGAUAUAGCUGCUCCCCCAACUCCAGCACCUGCUGCCCUGCCUCCCAUGGAUAUUGAUGAUCUUUCAGAGCCACACCAAAGUGGACCUGGUCUAACACCAGCCCACCCUGUUAGUGGGAGUGACUACUUGCCUCCUGUUGUUGAAGAGCAAGAAGAAGAUGAGGAGGAAGAUGAUGAUUUUGUUGAGGAUGCCAGAGAUCACCACGCUGCAGACGACACCAUCCAGUCCAGAAAUGACCCCACUUAUUCCUUUGGGAUUGAGGAAUCGGACAAAAAGGCUUGGUUUGAAUGUCCAGAUAGAAGAGAUCCUGAUGUACUUCCCUUAACACCAACCCAUCUGCAAGACAACUACAUGGACAACUCAUGUGAUCAGUCCUUAGGCUGGAAUUCAGAAGUGCUCAUGAAAUCUCCUCAUGAGACUUACAGAGAGGUUGAGGCAGCUGUCUCAAAGAUUAGCAGUCCCUAUUCACACUCAGAUUGUGAUUUGCAGCAUAUUCCAAGUGUAAUGCCUGUGACACCACCUCACUCUACUUAUUCUACAGCAUACUGUCCAUCACAAAUAUCUGACUCUCAUUAUGAGGUCCACAAAGACACAGUGGAAGACAUUCAAUCACCAGAAAGACCUGUAACAGAGGCAUUGGAGUCAGAACCAUCUCGACUAGAAACUUUCUUCACUCAUUGCAAACCAAAUCCUGACGAAGAUCCAAUGGACCUAGAGCCCCCAUGUAUGAUGAAAGACAAUAGACAAGAGUCUCCCACCUAUGCUGCAGAGAACAUCAUGUCUGCAGCUCCGCCAGUCAGCCAAGAACCAGUUGUUUCAUGGGUGGAUCCAUUCUCAAGUGCAGCUGAUGAAAUGGAUGACAUGGGACCCUUCUCUAUACCAGACCUUCCUUUUCCAGAGAAAGAGAUGCAGGACCCUGAUAUAACAGCCCCAGAGAUUGCAGAGAGUAAGCAUCCACCUUCUCAGACAAGACCUCCAGUCAUUGAGACAAGUGAAAAUGAAAUAAUGGAUGUUGACCUGCCAAGUUUGUCCAAAGUUCCUUGUUCUCCUGCAGUUGUGCCUCUGACUGAAUCUGGUCAGGAUUUGGUUCCUCCAAUAAGUGACAAUGGCUAUAGACCACUGUGUGAGUUGGAGCCAGAGCCUCAGAACAUCCCAGAUGUUCCUCCCAUGAAAGAAACAAUUCCAGAGGAGAGGAGAGCGUUUGAAGAUGUGAAUGAAAACAAUGUUAACUUGUUUUCUACUGAAAAUGAAAAGGACCAUGAAUACAUGCAAAAAGAAACAACUCCAGAUACCAUGAUGCCAUCAGUUAUGGUGCAAUAUUUGGAUCUACCAGCCACCACAAAACCACUUUUAUUAGGACAAAAUCCUGUGGUAGCUUUGGGUCCCUCAUGUAGCCCUCAUUCUUCUGUUCAGGUUCCAACUGUCUCAGUGCCUAGCAGCACUGUAUCAGAGGCUCUUGAAACAACCGCCAAGUUGUCAGUGACCAUACCAGUGUCUGAUGCACCCAAGAAAAUUGAGGAAAUUCCUCAGAGGAUGACCCGGAAAAAGGCUCAGAUGCUGGCCAAUCAGAACAAGCAGAGUGCUGCUCUAAGCUCAUCAAGCGUCACCUGUUCAGUAUCCUCCUCAUCAGUCACCACAAGUGUGACCACCUCUUGUGUCACUGUAGAAAAGGAGAAAGAGCCCAUCAGCUCAACCACAGCUCAAACGUCCACACCUGCACUAAUCACCAAAACAAAAGGCAGGCCUGUUGAGGAUGACGACAACCAGUCCCAACAUCCACGCAAGAGGAAGUUUUCAAAAUCAGGCCAGCAACAAGUGCAGGUUCAGCUUGUGAACACAGCCAUGAAGCAGACCCGGGAGAUGAUCCAGCAGACACUGGCAGUCAUUGUGAAUGCCAUCAAAUUGGAUGAAAUCGAGCCAUACCACAGUGACCGUUCCAACCCCUAUUUUGAGUACCUUCAGAUCCGCAAGAAAAUUGAGGAAAAGCGGAAGAUUUUGUGUUACAUAACACCUCAAGCUCCCCAGUGUUACGCAGAGUAUGUUACGUACACAGGCUCCUAUCUACUUGAUGGCAAGCCUUUGAGCAAGCUUCAUAUUCCUGUGAUUGCUCCACCCCCAUCUUUGUCGGAGCCCCUGAAGGAGCUGUUCAGACAACAAGAGGCAGUGAGAGGAAAACUAAGACUGCAGCACAGCAUUGAGAGGGAGAAGCUGAUUGUAUCUUGUGAGCAAGAAGUGCUGCGAGUUCAUUGCAGAGCAGCAAGAACGAUCGCAAAUCAGGCCGUUCCUUUCAGUGCUUGCACAAUGCUGCUGGAUUCAGAAGUCUACAACAUGCCAUCAGAAAGCCAGGGGGAUGAAAACAAGUCUGUGAGAGAUCGCUUCAAUGCUCGCCAGUUUAUCUCCUGGAUUCAAGAUGUGGAUGAUAAGUACGACCGCAUGAAGACGUGUUUGCUAAUGCGGCAGCAGCAUGAGGCCGCCGCUCUGAAUGCAGUGCAGAGAAUGGAGUGGCAACUUAAGGUACAGGAGUUGGACCCUGCUGGACACAAAUCUCUGUGUGUGAACGAGGUCCCCUCCUUCUAUGUGCCAAUGGUCGACGUCAACGACGACUUUGUACUGUUGCCUGCGUGACACAGACACACAUUGAGACUCUGAGAGUUCGGUCUAAUAUCAAUCAUCUGUCAAAGAGACAUCAAACAAAGUUCGGUAAGGGCUAGCUGGUUUGAGGAGAUUUCUUUGAGGAGAGAAAAUAUAUAUUAUAUAGAAAAAAGGUAAAUGACAAAACUCAUCCUUUUCUGCCCGAGGAGGAACCGUCUUUUUACGGGAGAAAAAACACAACUUGCACUUUUAUCCUAAAGUUUUUAUGGUUUUGUUUGGGAUCUUAAAAGCAAAAUUGCUUUGAACCUUGUCCCUCCUGUCUUGGGUAUUUGGGCGAGCAUAUGGGACAGAAUUUUUUAUACCCAUACUAAGUUACAACAGACAUGGAGCUUGAGACAGGUUCGUCCACAUGUGUGCUCCAGAACAAGGGGACAGACGGCACAGUGGUGGACACAGAACAGCGAACACGGUCAAAAAGACACGAGAGUGUGACAGGAGUGCUAACAAACCCUCAACCUGUUUGAACCUGAGUCUAUAAUGCCUACAGCAGUGGAGAGAGUGGCUUUCCUGCUGUACAGCACCCCAUGCAGCCCCACAUUCAGGGCAGGAAGCUGCAUGCAGGGGGCAGCAGCUCAGUAACAGAGCCGGGAGGAGAGACUGCGUUCAAUUUUAGGGCAUCCUCACAGGGCAUGAGACCUAGAGUGCCCUCACAUGGUGACAACAGAGCAUUUGGUCCCAGAUGCUGCCAGGUCUGACAUGCCUUGUUUCAAACAACUGCUUAAGGAAAAAGACUAAUGAAAGAGCAAAUAUUGCUGUCACAAAUCACGAGACAAGGACUUCGAAGAUUAUAGUUUUUCCUUUUUUUUUUUUUUUUUUUUUUUUUUAAAUGUUUGUUUUUGGUUUAUGUCUUUCUUUACUCGGGCAUUUCAUUGUUCCCUUUCUGAGGAAGUGACUUGAAACACUACAGAGCCAACAUUAGUUUAAUGGAAAAAAAAUACAAAACUGAAAAAAAAAAAAGUAUUCCGUAAAUGAUGUACAGUUUUUAUAAUCAUUAACCAAUGUAUUCUCGCUGCCUUCUAGAUAAUUUAUUUUGCCACACAUUACUGCACAGUUGUAAAUAACUUAUGUACUGUAACAUCACUCAGUUAAGUGUAAAAAAAAAAUAAAUGAAUAAAAGUUAUCAUUGUAUGUACAGUUCACUUUCAGGCAGCACUUCCCCCUCACCCCAACAUCCCUCACCAAACAAACACACCACCCCCCGGCCAAAAGGUGUACGCAUCGUCAGUAUUUUCAAGACUUCCAUGCAGCGGUCCUUAAGGUUUCUGUCCAAGGCUAGUCAAAGUAAAUCUAGAUCGUCAUCACCACCGUCAUUAGGAAACACCAUUUCUCCCGAUUACUCUGUCAGGGCCAGGACCAUAGUUUUCAGAUGUAGCAGAGUGAUUAUGGAUUUAUUUAAAGAAUAGUAGAGGUAUAUUAUUCAUCAUUUUAUUACGCAAGUAUAUAAAAAGUAUAAACCAAGAAAAUGCCUUUAUACAGUUAACGUCUCUGAUUUCUUCUAAAGCUGCACAAGUCAUAGGUAGGAUAGGACGUGAUUUGGAGCCUUUUCAUUUGGGUCUGUCUAAAUGUUAACUACGCCAUGCACGGUGUAGAACAUAUUUGACUUUAUUACACAUUGUACAGUUACAAUCAUGGGAGUUUUGUUUGUGUGUGUGUGUGUGUGUGUGUGUCAUGCCCUCUGAUCAUGUUACAAUCUUUUUUUUUUUUUAAGACAUGAAACUGCAAGUUUUUUUAAUCCCCCACACAUACCCUCUCUUCAGCACUAUUCAACCGUUCUUAAAGAUCUUAGCAAUUAGGAGUUUGGGAAAUCAGAAUCAAAUAUCACCCCAUUGCCUGUUUAAAAAUAUGUAGGUUCAUUCCUGCUUUUUUGUUGUUGUUGCCGUUUUUUAAUGUUCUGUUUUGUUCUCAAUCUUAUCUGCAUAUAGAAGGAAAUGCAUCAUUGCAUCAGACAAACGUUUUUUGUCCAAAAGCAAGGUGACUUUUAUUGCGUGACACUUAGAAGUGAUGUCUCGGCACGCUCCAUUAUUAGAAACGUACUGAUAAGGACUUUUACAGAUCAAUAUGGCAGAACAAAACAUACACACACAUCUCAGUUCUUGGAUUUACUAUUCAUAUACAUGGGCUCUCUGCCUCAACUUCCUUGUGAAUGUUCUCACAUAAUUUUUUUUAAAUGCACCAAUAUCAAUUAUUCUGAUUAUUCUUUAUUUUGUCCUUUACCAUCUGAAUAAACUUUACAGUACAUUUAGCUGUUUAAAUUUGUCAGUAAACACAGAGGGGACUAGCGUUUUUUUGUUUUGUUUUUUUUAAAGAGGGUUAUUUCUAAUUAUUAGAUAUUGUUUUGUUUUCUUUGGGGAGGGGGGGGGGGUGAACUUGACAUGUGGUUUUGAUAUUUUACCCUUUCUCAUUACCUGCCUGUACUUCAGUGUGAGGUUGUGUGAUGUUUGCUUAACCAUCCAGGCUAGUAUUUUUAUUUAUUUAUCUCCCCCUCUAUUUCUUUCUUUCAUGUGUGGUUGCUAGUCUGUGAAAAUCCCACAUGACGCAGUUCUGUAUGUGUGCAUUGAGUCUGGGUGCAACAGGUGUCAGUGCAAACCAAAAUGUCUACAAACAGAUUCUUCUGAGUGCACAAUAUGAAUAGCUUUCUGUUCCGAUUAUGUCCGAUUUUAGUGCUUUCUUUUGUGUUGUGUGGUUUCUCUAACAAAAACCCUUGAUUUCAGAUAAAUGCUUUUGGUGUUAUUAGGUGCAUUUUUCCCCCAUGGAACCGAAAUAGUGAUUUGUUAAUCAAAUGGUUUAUGUAUCAUCAUUAAGCCCCUGUAUAUGUACUGUUUACAAGAUGAUAUGUGAAUAUUUCCACUGUCCUUUGCCCUGGUGAGAGCUUCUUUCUUUGGGGGGGGGUUCCCACCACUGAAUCAAUUUUAAAAGGCUUGAAAUUGGGAUUUGAUAGAAAGUAUAACCUGAGUUCUGUUUGGGCUUUACUAUUCAGCACUUAUAAGCCAUAAUUUACAUGAAAGUUUUAUUUAAUACUCACUCUAAAUAUACUAUAUUGGGGACUAACUGACCAUGAGAUUGGACAACAGAAAUCUUACACAUGCUUGCCUGUUGACUCACUGACCUCUGUCUGCAACACAUUACCUCUACUAAGUACACAGAUUACUGAUUAUUCCAGUUAUAGAUUGUAUAGAUUAGGUGUUGAGCCACAAUUUCAAGCCUUGUUUUAAAAAACUGUUUUCCUCAGUAUCAACAAAUCUAACAGAUGAUUCUUGAAAUGGAAUUGAACUCCUCUAACAUGUUGAACUCUUCAUAAAUAGCGAGACAUAACCUAUUUAUUAUCUUUCUGACACCUGUGGUAUGUUUGAGUUGAAGGUCUCCGCUGUGUAAAUUUUCCUCUUGUAAUGCGUAAACGAGACGUUGUACAUAGCUGUAAAUAAUAUUCCAGGACAUUUUGCACCCUCCUCUUUGUACUAGUCUAAACUUGCGUAGAAUGUGAGGUUCUAACAGCAACGAGACUGUCGCGCUCGCUGCCGGUGAUGUAACAAUGUAUCUUUUUUUAUUUGUACAAUGUAGUUCAAUUGUGUACAUAUUGUUGGAGCAGCUAUGGGAGGGGAGGGGUUUAUUGAUGCUAUCGUCAGUGCUGUCAAAGAUCCAGUACUUUCACCUUUAGCUGUGUUGAUAUCCUGCAAUUCAAAAAGCGAGAAAGUAAUAAAAUUUAAAAAAAAAAAAAGUUAACGGCGAGGAAAAAUUCAAAAUUGUUAUUUUCUACACUUGCAUGUACAGAGAGCGCGAGAACUGCUGUUGUUCCUCAGAGAUUAUGUUCGUAAAUAAAUUUUUGAAAUGA